CCGCGCCCCGCGCCCGCCCGGCCGCCCCGCGCCCGCCCCGCACCGUCCCCGCUGGCCUCCCCGCUGAUGCCGCUGCCCCGCGCGGAGCCCGAGCGCCGCUAGCAGCAUGUCUCGGCGCAAGCAGGCCAAGCCCCAACACCUCAAGUCGGACGAGGAGCUGCCGCCGCCGGACGGGGCUCCCGAACACGGCGUCCCCGGGGAAGGUGCGGACGACGUGGACAGCGGGACCGAGAGCAGGAGCGGCGGUGAGGAGGCCAGCGUGUGCGAGACUUGCUGCGCAGAGUUCUUCAAGUGGACCGACUUCCUGCAGCACAAGAAAAGCUGCACCAAAAACCCGCUGGUGCUCAUCGUGAAUGAGGAUGAGCCGGCGCCGCCCUCUGAAGAGUUUCCAGAACCUUCUCCCGCCAGCUCGCCCAGUGACCACACGGAGAGCGAGGCCGCCGAGGAGGCCGCCCCCACAGAGGGCGGCGAGGGAAGUGAGGUGAAGGCCCCAGAGCAGGAGGACGAGCCCAUGGACGUGGAGGCCCCUGGGGACAAGGGCCUGCAGGGCCCAGGCGCGCCCGCUGCUGCUCCAGCACUGCCCCCGGGCUCUCCCGCCACCUUCAGCAUGCCUAGCACCAACGUGACGCUGGAGACGCUGCUGAGCACCAAGGUGGCCGUGGCGCAGUUCUCGCAGGGCGCACGCGCCGCGGGCACGGCCAGCGGCAGCGUGGGCGCCGUGGCCAUCCCCAUGAUCCUGGAGCAGCUUGUGGCUCUGCAGCAGCAGCAGAUCCACCAGCUACAGCUCAUCGAGCAGAUCCGCAGCCAGGUGGCCCUGAUGAGCCGCCAGCCCGCCAGGCCCCCUCUGAACCCUGCUGCCCCUGGCACACCCGCCCCCGCCUCCAGCCAGCUCCAGGGCCUGGCCCCGCACCCCGCCCUACAGCUCUCAGCCGGGCCAGCCCCUGUCCCCGCAGGUUCUGGCCCAGCCGCCCCAGCAGCCUUCGAGGGCCCCCAGCACCUGUCGCAGCCAGCGACGGGCACCAGCACGCCAGGUGGCGCCGGCCCCGCGGAGUCGGUGGUGUCCACAGCCUCCGGCACAGCUCCUGCCCUGGGGUCCUCGCAGCCCAGCACAGCGGGUGGCCUGACGCAGCCCCAGAAUGCAUCCACGCCCCCCACCCUGGGCCCGGGGCCCCUCCUCAGCUCCACCUCCAGCCUGCCAAGCCCUCUGCUACCUCAGACCUCCGCCAGCAGCGUCAUCUUCCCCAACCCUCUGGUCAGCAUCGCUGCCACCGCCAACGCCCUGGACCCCCUGGCGGCCCUCAUGAAGCACCGCAAGGGCAAGCCCCCUAACGUGUCGGUGUUCGAGCCCAAGGCCAGCGCAGAGGACCCCUUCUUCAAGCACAAGUGCAGGUUCUGUGCCAAGGUCUUUGGCAGCGACAGUGCGCUGCAAAUCCACCUGCGCUCUCACACUGGCGAGCGGCCCUUCAAGUGCAACAUCUGUGGGAACCGCUUCUCCACCAAAGGCAACCUGAAGGUACACUUCCAGAGGCAUAAGGAGAAGUACCCCCACAUCCAGAUGAACCCCUACCCGGUUCCAGAAUACCUCGACAAUGUGCCCACGUGCUCGGGGAUUCCCUAUGGCAUGUCACUGCCCCCAGAGAAGCCAGUGACCACCUGGCUUGAUAGCAAGCCAGUGCUGCCCACAGUGCCCACAUCAGUGGGGCUGCAGCUGCCCCCCACUGUUCCUAGUGCUCAUAGCUACACUGAUUCCCCCAGCAUCACCCCUGUCAGCCGCUCCCCACAGAGGCCCUCACCUGCAUCCAGCGAAUGCACCUCCUUGUCCCCAGGCCUCAACAAUGCAGAGUCCAGCAUCCCAGUGACGUCUGAGUCCCCACAGCCACUCCUCAGUGGGUCUUCUCUGACUAAACCCGAGCCCGUCAACCUGCCAUGCACAAAUGCAAGGACAGGGGACACAGCGGUUGGUGGGCAGGUUGGUGCUGUUCCCACCUCGGCGGCCACGUCGGUCACAGACAGCGUCUCCACGAGCCUCAGCAGCCCCGGUCUGCCAGCAGUCUCUGACCAGUUCAAGGCCCAGUUUCCCUUCGGGGGACUGCUUGACUCUAUGCAAACGUCAGAAACCUCGAAACUGCAGCAGCUGGUGGAGAACAUUGAUAAGAAGAUGACAGACCCAAACCAGUGCGUCAUCUGCCACCGCGUGCUGAGCUGCCAGAGUGCCCUGAAGAUGCACUACAGGACGCACACGGGGGAGCGGCCCUUCAAGUGCAAGAUCUGCGGGCGCGCCUUCACCACCAAGGGCAACCUGAAGACGCACUUUGGGGUGCACCGGGCGAAGCCGCCCCUGCGGGUGCAGCACUCCUGCCCCAUCUGUCAGAAGAAGUUCACCAACGCCGUGGUGCUGCAGCAGCACAUCCGCAUGCACAUGGGAGGGCAGAUCCCCAACACGCCGCUGCCAGAGGGCUUCCAGGAGGCCAUGGACGCCGAGCUGCCCUUCGAGGAGAAGAACAUGGAGGCCCUGAGCAGCUAUGAGGACGACAUGGACGAGAACUCGGUGGAGGAGGACGUGGAGCCGAAGGACGCGGCCGGUGACACCAAACCGCUCCUGGCCUACGCGGCCUCCUGCCCACCCUCGCCCCCCUCCGUCAUCUCCAGCAUCGCUGCCUUGGAGAACCAGAUGAAGAUGAUGGACUCUGUCAUGAACUGUCAGCAGCUGGCCAGCCUGAAGUCUGUGGAAAACGGGUCUGGGGAGAGCGACCGUCUGAGCAACGACUCCUCCUCUGCUGCGGGCGACCUGGAGAGCCGCAGCGCGGGCAGCCCUGCCCUGUCCUCCUCCUCCUCCCAGGCACUGUCACCCACCCACAGCAACGGGGAGAGCUUCCGCUCCAAGUCCCCAGGCCUCAGCCACCAGGAGGACCCGCAGGAGAUCCCUCUAAAGACAGAGAGGCCAGACAGCCCGCCCUCCGGCCCAGGAAGUGGAGGCGCACUGGACCUGACGGCCGGCCACCCCAGCCGGCCGGCCAUCAAGGAGGAGGCUCCCUUCAGCCUGCUGUUCCUGAACAGGGAGCGGGGUAAGUGUGCAAGCACUUGUGCAAGCACUGUGUGUGGUGUCUGUGGCAAGCCCUUUGCUUGCAAGAGCGCGUUGGAAAUCCACCACCGCAGCCAUACCAAGGAACGGCCCUUCGUCUGCACCGUCUGCAGACGGGGCUGCUCCACCAUGGGUAAUUUAAAACAGCACUUACUGACACACGGAUUGAGAGGGCUGCCUUCUCAGGCCUUUGACCCCGACUUUGCCCUAGGUCCCAGCCACAGCUCUCCUCGCCUGGCCUCCAGCCCUGCACCCACCAUGAUCAAAAUGGAAGUGAAUGGUCACAGCAAAGCCAUCGCGCUGGGCGAGGGCCCGCCACUGCCGGCCGGGGUCCAGGUCCCCACUGGGCCGCAGACAGUGAUGAGCCCAGGCCUGGCACCCAUGCUGGCACCCCCACCGCGCCGGACGCCUAAGCAGCACAAUUGCCAGUCGUGUGGGAAGACCUUCUCCUCAGCCAGCGCCCUGCAGAUCCACGAGCGCACCCACACCGGGGAGAAGCCCUUCGGCUGCACCGUCUGUGGCAGGGCGUUCACCACCAAGGGCAACCUCAAGGUGCACAUGGGGACCCACAUGUGGAACAACGCCCCUGCGAGACGGGGCCGCCGCCUGUCAGUGGAAAACCCCAUGGCCCUGCUCGGUGGUGAUGCCCUAAAGUUCUCUGAAAUGUUCCAGAAGGACCUGGCAGCCCGAGCAAUGAACGUAGACCCCAGCUUUUGGAACCAGUAUGCCGCAGCCAUCACAAACGGGCUGGCCAUGAAGAACAACGAGAUCUCUGUCAUCCAGAACGGCGGCAUCCCCCAGCUCCCUGUAAGUCUAGGUGGAAGUGCCCUUCCGCCUUUGGGCACCGUGACUGGUGGCAUGGACAAAGCGCGUACUGGCAGCAGCCCACCCGUCGUCAGUUUGGACAAAGCAAGCUCUGAGACGGGCGCCAGCCGCCCGUUCACGAGGUUCAUUGAGGACAACAAGGAGAUCGGUAUAAACUAGCCGCAGGCGUGGAGCCGGCCAGCUGUCCCUCCACGCCCACGUUUUGCAGUUUGAGCAUCCGUCUUCGGACCCUUUUUGCCUAGGUCCUCACUAAAGUCAUGCCACUGGCGGAACAUGCUUUCCCGUGUGGCUGCCAGAAGGUGGGGUGGCAAGCGCUGCAUGGUGCUGCCUCAGCCGUGGGUCCGACUCUUCUGAAGAACUCCGCAAACUUUCAAGUAAAUUCCUAACUUUCAGUUGAAAACAAUAAGUGCUUGGAAAACCACCUUAGAAACAGAAAGAGCUCAGACCACAUCCACUGUUUCCCUUGAAACCUAAUAACCCCGCAAGGGAGAAUGGGGUCCCCUGCAGUAUUCCACAGAGCCCCGUGUGAUGGUUUUGUCCACAUUAGUAGAAACUUGAACUGUUUAGGAGCUCUUCGCCUGGCAGGGGUGGUUCCGUGUUCCAAUGCCGUGUAUGGUGACAGUAUCUUUGUCCGUAGUAUUUAUAAUGUUAAGAUUAUGCGGGUAACAGACAAUAAAAUAGCCCCAACCUUAAAUGAAGCUUUUGUACUGCAGAAUACAUCUGGCUGUGUGAUUUUUUUUAAGCAAAAUUUGUUUUACUAUAAAUAAGUGAAUUAUUUCAAUGCAGGCAAAAUUGUGACGUUCUGUUGGGAAAGAUAGCAUGCUUUUUGUGUGCAAGUACCUGUCAGUAACAAGCCUUUUUUUUUUUUUAAUUUAAAUGUUUGUAGCUGCUAUGUGGACGGUUGUUCUCUAGUGUGGUCUGUAGCCCAGUGUUUGAUUGGGGAACAAGUUACAGACAAACAUCACCAUAAAUUAUUCACAACAUUAUAAAUAGU